AUGAAGUCAGCAUUAUUUCCCACGUUAGGACCGCAGUACAAAAGAACUAAAGCUGAUCCUCCAUCUGAAACACAAAGCAGAUAUCGUCCGAGAUUUCGACAUAAUAAUAUUUCGCAACACUUUAUUCUCCGAUCAAAUUGCAGCACCCACCGAUCUUCUGAAUUUGUUACAUCCAGUUCAUCAAUCGAAGUUUUACCAGAUGAGAUUUUCAUGAAAAUUUAUUCAUAUCUUUACGAAGGCGAUCUCAUGGCAUGUUCCACCGUAUCGCAUCGUUUUUACCGCUUGUCGAAUGAUUUAAAUUUAUGGAAAGGGCUGUAUCAGGAGGCUUUCGAGUAUCAAAUACCUCUCUAUCAUCCGGAACCAUGUAAAUUCGAAUUCCGAGAAGUUGGCCUGUGGAAAAAUGUUAGGAAUCCGUGGAAAGCAAGUUUCUGUCAGUUGCGUCAUGGUAUUCAUGUAAGUUCUGGUAGAGCGCACAUUUAUGGAAACCGUAGUGGACGCAACAUAGUCCAUUUUGAUCAUAUUAAUCGUGCGGUCGAACAAUGUCAGCAGAAUUUAACCGACUCAGAAAAUCUUAUUUUUGUUCAUUCGGGAAUUCAUUCUCAAGUACAUUUUGUGACUAAUACACCACUGCAGAUAAUUGGAGCAGGCUCAUCACAUAGUUUUCAAGAUUCAGUUAUUAUUGAGGGUAGCGAAGGGACAACAAUGACAUUUGCCGAGGGUUCCGGAAAAUCAUACCUUGGCUUCUGCACAGUGAGAUAUAUUGCGCCUUCGAUUGAUCCAGCUCGUGGACAAGCUGUACAGCUCCAUUCAGCUCUUGUUGUUAGUGCUUUUGCUUCUCCACUAGUUGAAAAUUGCAACUUUUCUUCGACAAGCUCAGGAGGCGCUACAGUUUGUGUGAAGCGUGAAGGAGCAAACCCGCAUAUCAAAAACUGUUCGAUAUGUGGCUCUGAUAAUGUCGGAAUUUAUAUUACUGAUAGCGCUACCGGAACGUAUGAGGAUUGUGAAAUCGCUCAUAACACAUUAGCAGGUAUUUGGGUGAAGAAUAAAGCAAAUCCAUACUUUCGGCGUUGUCAUAUUCACGAUGGUCGCGAUGUUGGUGUUUUUACUUUUGAAUAUGGAAUGGGCUAUUUUGAGAAAUGUGAUAUUCACAGUAAUCGAAUCUCGGGAAUUGAAGUGAAGAAUCAGGCGAAUCCAACUGUUGUUCGUUGCGAUAUACAUCAUGGACAAACUGGUGGGAUUUAUAUUCACGAAAGAGGACGAGGUCAGUUCUUAGAAAAUCGAAUAUUUUCUAAUCAGUUCGCAGGAAUUUGGAUUACAUCACAAUCUGAUCCAACUGUUCGUAAGAAUGAAAUCUUUUCUGGUCUUCAAGGAGGUGUAUAUGUAUUUGGUGAAGGGCGUGGGCUUAUUGAACAAAAUAAUAUUUAUCAGAAUAAUCUGGCUGGUAUUCAAAUACGUACUGGUUCUGAUCCAAUUGUCAGGCUCAAUAAAAUACAUAGUGGAUAUCAUGGUGGCAUAUAUGUGCACGAAAAAGGAAAAGGAUUAAUUGAAGAAAAUGAGGUUUACGGAAAUGCACUUGCGGGUAUUUGGGUCACCACCGGAUCCUGCCCAAUAUUGCGAAAGAAUCGCAUACAUUCCGGUAAACAGGUUGGAGUAUAUUUCUAUGAUAAUGGCCAUGGUUUACUAGAAGAAAAUGAUAUUUUCAAUCAUUUAUACUCUGGCGUGCAAAUCAGAACAGGAUCAAAUCCUAAGAUUACUCGCAAUAAAAUUUGGGGCGGUCAGAAUGGUGGUGUACUUGUAUACAAUUGCGGAAAAGGUGUUUUGGAAGAUAAUGAGAUAUUCGAUAAUGCAAUGGCAGGUGUUUGGAUAAAAACAGAAAGCAAUCCAGUUUUGAGACGCAAUAAAAUUUACGAUGGACGCGAUGGAGGAAUCUGUAUAUUCAACAAGGGUCGUGGUGUGCUAGAAGAUAACGAAAUCUACCGAAAUGCACAGGCAGGUGUGCUGAUUUCGACGGAAUCUCACCCUGUUCUACGGCGGAAUCGAAUUUACAAAGGGCGUGCUGCCGGUAUCGAAAUCACUAGUGGUGCUAAUGCUACUCUAGAAGCAAACCAUCUGUUUCAAAAUGAAUUUGGAGGUUUAUGUUUAGCAAGUGAUGUUCGUCCAAAUAUGCGUGAUAACCUCAUUUAUGAUAAUCAUAAUGCUGUUGAGCGAACAGUCGCUAAGGGACAUUGCUUAUUCAAGAUCAGUUCAUGUACUUCAUUUCCAAUGCAUGAUUUUUACAGGUGCUUCAGUUGCAAUACAACGGAACGUAAUGCGAUUUGUAUCAGUUGUAUAAAAGCUUGUCAUAAAGGACACAUUGUGGAAUUUGUUCGCCAUGAUCGUUUUUUUUGCGAUUGCGGCGCUGGAUCACUUGACAGACAGUGUUUAUUGCAAUCGGAAACUCGCGACAAUGAUACAGUAUACGAUUCCGCAAUACCCACAGAAUCGGAGACUACGUAGUU